CCUUCUUCUUCUUUUUUCUCCCUGUCUUCUUCUUCCACACGGCGUGCAGCAGGGAGCUCAGAUCAACCUCCCUACGUGCUCUCUGUUCCUUGCUCCAUGGCGCUCGGCAGCAGGACUGCUCCAUGGGCGUCACCUCUCACCUUCUUCCUCCCUUCCUCCCCACGGCUGCAGCUCUCCCACUGCUCCCUCACGCCAGCAGCAGGGAGCCCAGCUCCUCCUCGCCAUUUGCUCGAUGCUAAUGCAGCAGGACGCACAGAGCCCUCCAUGGCGUCUCCUUCCCUGGCCGCGUCCAAGGCCGAUAGCCAGCCUCCCCUUCCCUGCUCUUGUCGUGGCGAGCUCCCUUCCUCCAAGCGCUCGGCUGUAGUGACCUCCCCUGGCCUGAGCUCGAACAGCCGGUCUUCUUCCCCAACGCCGGCCUCCAUGGAUGCACGGCUCCCACUCCCAUGGCGCCCCUGCUUUUCCCUGUCCGGCCAGGAAAACGCCCUUCCCUGUUUUCCUCUUCCCAGCACGCCAAAGCACCCUGCUGUUUCUUGCGCCCUAUUUUUUUCCAUGGACAGCAGCAGGAGCAAUGCCGCCCAGGCCCCUGCUCCUCCCCUCUUCCCCACAAAACAGCAGCCGCAGCGAGCCGCCGUCGUCCAUGGCGAGCAGCCUCUCCCCUCGUCACGUGACAUCACUCUCGUGCUCGCUGCGCAGCCCAUUCGCGACGCCGUCAAAACCCAUGCUAGACGUUGCCGCGGAGCCACGCGCGAUGCCUGUUUCGGUGAAGCCCCUAAACCGUGGACGCAUGUGCAACCCGAAUCCGAGUUUGACAGUGGUCUGGGUGGUCUUAAGAAGAAGCUUGCAGGCCGUUUUCAGUCAAAGCGUCGUCGUGCAGAUGAUGCAGAUUAUAAUCCAGCUACAGACUCUGAGGCCCAAUCAUCAGCUGGGGGUAGCAUUUCUAUGGACACAGAGGAUGCUCCACACGCUCAUCCAGAUUAUCCAAUUGAUGUCACAGGAUGGACAUAUCCCAAGAGAAGAUUCUCUAUGGCUGAGUACUGCUCCAGGAGGACAAUUAAGCACACCCAUUACUACAGCAUGUACCCUCCACCUAGUGAUCAGUGA